UAAACUUGGUGGGGUAUUUCAAAGCAUUUGUGAAGCUGCACAAUGCACAAGAAUCAGUUGUCCAAAGUUGCUUCAACAGUGCACCCACGUUAAAUUAUUAUUAUUAAUUUCAAACAUUUACAAUUAAACACGCGUUUAUUCAUUAAUUUAAAAAUAGUAAUUUAAAAAUUUUUUUAUUCAUUAUCAAUAAAUAAAUACAUCAAUAAAUCUUUAAAUAAAAACAAACAAAAAAAUGGAAUUGAACAAUAUAUCAUGAUGAAUAACAAUCAUAAAUUAUUGAUAAGUGAAUUUAAUAAUAAUAAUAAUAAAACAAUUGUGAAUUUUUAAGUUAAAAAAUAUAAAGUGAAAGGUGUGGAGUGUAACAAGUACACAGCACCAACUUAUAACGAUGAGUGCGUGACGAAUGAGGAUAUACAUUCCAUCGAGGUGAAGAAGAAGCCGAAGAAUAAAAUUUAAAAAAAAAAAGUUUUUUUGAAUAAAAAAAAAAAAAAAAGAAAUCUUUAGUGUAUAUCAGUGUGUUUUGUGUUAUAUAUUUUAUUAUUAUUUUUUUUUUGUUCAUUUGUGUAUGUGUAGAAACUGUGUGGUUCCAAAAAAAAAAAAUAGAAAAAAAAAAAAUUAUUUUAAAAAUUGGAUUAACAAUAAUAAAAAAAAAUAAUGAUGGAGAUUUUAUCAUUGAAAAAUAUAUUAACACAAUUUUCAUUGUAUUUUAUGUUAUUACUAUUGUCAUUGGAUAAUGGUAACAGUGGUGGUGUUGUUGAUGGACGUAGUAUAACAAGUUUAGAAUCACCAAAAGGUUGUCAAUGGGGUGAUAAUACAAAAGAUAAUAAAGAAAAAUUAUUAAUAUGUUAUUUACGUACAUUAUCAAAUGCAAAUUAUAUUAUUGGUAAUAUAUCAGCAAUACAAGCUGAUGUUGUAACAUCAUUAAAACUUGAAUGUAAUGAUGCAUUAUUUGUUGAAAGUUCAUUUGAAAAUUCACAAGAUUUUUUAAAAUCAUUAAAUAAUUUAAAUGAAUUAAAUAUUGCAAAUUGUAAAAUGCGUUAUUUAUCUGGUGGUGUAUUUACAUCAUCUCAUAAUAUACGUAAUUUACGAAUAAAUACUAAAAAUAAUGAUUGGUCAGUUGGUAUGUCACUUGAAAUUAAUCGUGAUUCAUUACGUGGCCUUGAUAAUUUACGUAAACUUGAUUUAAGUGAUAAUAAUAUUUGGUCAUUGCCAAAUGAAUUGCUAUGUCCUGUACAAGGUUUAUUAUCUUUAAAUUUAACAAAUAAUAAAUUACAAGAUGUUGUUUCACUUGGUUUUACAACUGAUUCAUCAUCAGGAGUAUCAGCAAUUGGAUCAACAACUGGAAUAACAUCAUCAUCAACAACAACAACAACAUCAUCAUCAUCAUGUACAUCAAGCUUGGAAGUACUUGAUCUAAGUUAUAAUGAUUUAAAUGAAUUACCAGAUCGUGCAUUUAUUAAUUUAAAAAGUUUAACAACAUUAAAUAUAAAUAACAAUGAAAUACGUCAUGUUGGUGAUCAUGCAUUAGGUGGUCUUGGUAAAUUAUUAAAAUUAAAUAUAUCAACAAAUAGACUUGUUGCAUUACCACCAGAAUUAUUUAGUGAUACAAAACAGUUGCAUCAUCUUGUACUAAGUAAUAAUUCAUUGUCAGUACUUGCACCAGGUUUACUUGAUAAUUUAAAAAAUUUACAAACACUUGAUUUAAGUAAUAAUGAACUGACAAGUCGUUGGAUAAAUCGUGAUACAUUUACAAAUUUAGAACAACUUGUUGUACUUGAUUUAUCAAAUAAUGCAUUAACUAAAAUUGAUAGUAAUGUAUUUAAAGGUUUAUAUAAUUUACAAAUUUUACAUCUUGAAUAUAAUAAUAUUGAUACACUAAGUGAUGGUUGUUUUUUAUCAUUAAAAAAUUUACAUUCAUUAACAUUAUCACAUAAUCGUAUAACACGUUUUGAUCCAAAUCAUACAAUUGGUCUUGUAUCAUUGGUACAAUUAUUUCUUGAUAGUAAUAAAUUAACAAAUAUACAUCGUCAUACAUUUAUUAAUGUAUCAAGUUUACAAGAUUUUUCAUUGAGUGGCAAUGAAUUAACAACAAUACCAGAUACAAUACGUCAAUUAAAAUUAUUAAAAACUCUUGAUUUAGGUAAUAAUAAAAUAUCAUCAAUAAAUAAUGAAUCAUUUUAUGGAUUAAAUGAGCUAUAUGGUUUACGUCUUGUUGAUAAUAAAAUUGAAAAUAUAACACGUGAUACAUUUACAACAUUACCAGCAUUACAAGUAUUAAAUUUAGCAAGUAAUUCAAUACGACAUAUUGAACAAAGUGCAUUUUCAAGUAAUUCAGUAUUACGUGCAAUACGUCUUGAUUGUAAUGAGCUAACAGAUAUACGUGGUGCAUUUAGUCAUUUAACAACACUUGUAUGGUUAAAUAUAUCUGAUAAUAAAUUAUUAUGGUUUGAUUAUAGCCAUUUACCAGCAAGUCUUGAAUGGCUUGAUAUGCAUAAUAAUCAAAUAUCUGAGCUUGGUAAUUAUUAUAUGAACAAUGAUAAUAUUAAUAUUAAAAUGCUUGAUGCUAGUUUUAAUUUAAUAAGUGAUAUAACUGAUUCAAAUAUACCAGAUAAAAUUGAAACAUUAUUUUUAAAUAAUAAUAAAAUACGUAAUGUAUCACCAGGUACAUUUAUGAAAAAAAUUAAUAUUGAAAAAGUUGUAUUAUAUGGUAAUGAAAUUAAACAUAUUGAUAUGACAGCAUUUAAUAUUCAACAAGUGUCUAUUGAUAAAGCAUUACCUGAAUUUUAUAUUGGUAAUAAUCCAAUAAUAUGUGAUUGUACAAUGGAAUGGUUACCAAAAAUUAAUGAAUUAUCACGUACACGACAAUAUCCACGUGUUAUGGAUUUAGAUUCAGUUAUGUGUGAUAUGAUACAUAUACGAGCAACACCUAAAAGACCACUUUUAUCAUUAAAAUCAAAAGAUUUUUUAUGUAAUUAUGAAACCCAUUGUUUUGCUUUAUGUCAUUGUUGUGAUUUUGAUGCAUGUGAUUGUGAAAUGACAUGUCCAGAUAAUUGUUCAUGUUAUCAUGAUCAUAGUUGGUCAUCAAAUGUUGUUGAUUGUUCAAAUGGUGGUUAUAAAAAUGUACCAGAUAGAAUACCAAUGGAUGCUACUGAAAUAUAUCUUGAUGGUAAUGAUCUUGGUGAUUUAGGUAGUCAUGUAUUUAUUGGUAAACGUAGACUUCAAAUAUUAUAUUUAAAUAAUAGUGCAAUAACAGCAUUACAUAAUCGUACAUUUAAUGGUGCACCAUCAUUACGUGUAUUACAUCUUGAAGAUAAUUCAUUACGUGAGCUACGUGGUUUUGAAUUUGAUCAACUUGAUGAUUUAUCUGAGUUGUAUUUGGAUCAUAAUGCUAUUGCUAAAGUUGGUAAUACAACAUUUAAUAAAAUGAAAAAUUUAGAAAUUUUACGUCUUGAUAGUAAUAGAAUUGUUGAUUUUCGUCCAUGGGAAGCAUUUAUUGGUACUGGUGUUGAUGCUAAAAUAACACUUGAGGGUAAUGCAUGGAAUUGUGAUUGUAGUAAUACAGAAAAAUUACGUUUAUGGCUUUCUAAGCAUAAUGGUGAUUCUGGAAAAAUGUAUUGUCGUGAUGCUACUGAAACAUUAGCACAAGCACUUGAACGUUGUGGUGAUCCAACAACUGAAAUUAUUAGUCGUGGUAUUAUAUCAAUAAAUAGUGAUGGUGUUGCACCAUUAAUGGGUGGUAAUAAUGGUAAUUUUGUACCAUUAUUAGCUGGAUCACUUGUUGCUAUUAUAAUAUUAUGUUUAAUGAUUGCACUUGGUUUUGCAUUUCGUAAAGAUAUACGUUUAUGGGCACAUUCAAAAUAUGGAUUAAGACUUGGUAAAAUAGCAUCAUCAUUACCAGAUGAUGAACGUGAUCGUUUAUAUGAUGGUUAUAUUAUAUAUAAUGAACGUGAUCAAGAAUUUGUUGCUGGUUGUUUAUCAGCUGAAUUAGAACAAUCUGGUUUAAGUUUAUGUUUACAUUAUCGUGAUUUACCACCAGCACAUCCACAAGAAGCAUUACCAUCAGCAGCAGCUGCAGCUAAAAGAAUUGUUAUUGUAUUUUCACCAGUAUUUUUAGCAAAUGAAUGGCAACAUCAAGAAUUUCGUGCAGCAUUACGUUGUGCUAUGGAAACAAUAAGACCAGCAUCAAGAAGAAGACGUGUAUUAAUAUUACUUGCUGCUGAAGCACCAAGACAUGAUACUGAAUUACAAUUAUUAUUACAAAUGUGUCAAGUUAUUGUAUGGGAUGAUAAAAGAUUUUGGGAAAAAUUAAAGUUUUCAAUGCCUGAUCCAGCUGAUAAAAAACGUUGUAAUAACAACAACAAUAAUAACAACAAUAACAAUAGCAAUAGAAAUGAUGGUAAAAAAUUACAUGACAGAUAUAUUGGUGGUAUUAGAAUACCAGCACGUUAUACUGCUGCACCAUCAGCACCAACACCAACAAUAACAACAUCAUUAUCAACAACAAUGACAGCACAACCAAUUGAUUUAUGGUCAAAACCAAAUGGUAUGCUUGUUGCACCAGUACAUCAUGCACCAACACCAACACCAACACAAUCAACAUAUGUUAGUUCAGCAUCAAGUAGAACUGAAGAUGAAGAUAGUGGUGCUGAACAUCAACAUUUACAUGGUGGUUAUAGUGCAUUACAUACUGCAACUGGUAGACCAGCAAGUCUUUCAUCACGUGGUAGUCAUUUAUACAGUACAAUACCUGAACCACCAUUAGUACCAUUGGCUUCAUCACAACAUCAUCAACAACAACAACAAAAAAAUAAUUCAGUAACUACACCACCACCACCACCUCCACCAUCAACUUUACUUCCUAUAAAUCCUCGUACUUAUUUUGUUUAGUAAUUGUUAGUAAAAAAAUUAAUUUUUUUUUUUUAAUUAUUUUGACUUGGACUGGUGUAUAUAAAUUUAUUUAAAUUGAGAAUGUAUGUAUGUAUGUACGUGUGUGUGUGUAUAAAGUGAUGUGUUAAGUGUAAACGAGUAUAAACUUUUUUUUUUCUUUUAAAGAUAUAUCAAAGGUUCAUUAAACCAAGACUGCUGAAAAAAAAAAAAUAUAAAUAUAUUGUGUGAAUGGCAUGUGUGUUAUAAAAAUUGAAUGAAUAUAUAGAUAAAUAAUAAUUGAAUUGCAGUGAAAAGCGUGUAAUUAUUAGCUGUCAAGCACAAAAAAAAAAAAAAACAUUUUAAAAAUAAUAACGAAAUGAGUGAUAGACUCGAUGAGAUGUGACAAUGACCCUCAGUACUGAUUAAACUCAAAAUUGCAUUUAUGAAUUUUCUAAUUGUUUUUUAAUUUUGUUUUUUGUUAGAUAACAUUAUUUUUUUGUCAGUUUAAUAUAUUUUUCAAUUAUUUAUUUCGUUUAUCACUGUCAGUUUGUAAUCUUUGACUGUGACUCUUCAUUUAAAGAAAAAAAAGAAACAUUUUUUUUUUUUUCUUUCUAAUUAAAAAAAAACAUAGAGGGGAGUCACUCAACGCUUAUUAGAAAAUAAGAUUUUUUGUACAUAAUGUAUCUACUUUUGUAAAUAUAAAAAAAAGAAAAAAAAAAAAGCUAAUUGUUGAUUUGUUUGACACAAAUCAUCAUCGAUGGGGUAAUUUAUAUCCGCAUGAAAAAAAAAAAUACUAGCAACAAAGAACAACGAUUAAAAAAAUAAAAUAAAUCUUAGAUAAAAUAAUAAACUAUUAUUAUAAUUAAGUAUAAAUUGUUGUAAAUAAUAUCUUCAUUGCAUUUUAUUCACAUCGCUAUGAAA